AUGGGAAGAGGGAGAGUGGAAGUGAAGAGGAUAGAGAACAAGAUCAGUAGACAAGUAACCUUCUCCAAAAGAAAAAGUGGUUUGCUCAAGAAAGCCUACGAACUCUCUGUUUUAUGUGAUGUAGAGGUUGCUCUUAUCAUCUUCUCCAGCAGUGGCAAGCUCUAUGAGUUCAGCAAUGCCGGAAUUGACAAAACCUUUGAAAGGUACUAUCGCUGUAAAAACAAUAUUCUGGACAACAAUAGGCUUGAAGAGUCUACACAGAGCUUGUGUCAAGAGGUGGCAAAUCUCAAAUCCAAAUAUGAGUCCCUUCUUCGCACUCAUAGGUAUUUGCUUGGGGAAAAUCUUGGAGAGUUGAGUGUACAAGAAUUACAGACGCUCGAGAGACAGCUUGAAGGAGCUCUUUCCGCGAUCAGAAAACGCAAGACGCAUGUUAUUACUGAAGAAAUGGAAGAGCUUCGGAGAAAGGAGAGGCAGCUCGGAGAUAUGAACGAAAAGCUAAAGCUUGAGACAGAAGGUCAGGGUUUUCAAGGCUUUCAAGACCUAUUGCUAAGUUCGGCUACUGCGGCUGGUCCCAGUGCUUUUUCCUCUCACCAUAAUUCUAUGGAUUGCGAUGUUGGACAUUUCUUACAGAUCGGGUUUCAACAACAAUAUGAGAAAGGCGACGGAUCUUUGGUAAUUAAGAGUAACUUGGGUUGUGACUGUGAAACCAACUUUGUCCAAGGAUGA